AAGACGCUCUUAAUUUGAAAUCCGCGUCACCCGGAAGUGCUGCAGCUGCCGCUUUGUUCGGGAAGCUGUAACAGACGCGCUUUUUACAGCAUCUUGAUAAUCUUCAGAACAGUAGAAACUUUUUGACAUUACGGAGUAAAAUAUGUUUUACCAUAUUUCUCUGGAACAUGAGAUUCUCCUCCAUCCUCGAUAUUUUGGUCCAAAUCUGUUAAACACAGUCAAACAGAAGCUGUUUACAGAGGUGGAAGGCACAUGCACUGGAAAAUAUGGUUUUGUCAUUGCAGUGACAACAAUUGAUAACAUCGGGGCAGGUGUCAUUCAGCCCGGCAGGGGUUUCGUGUUGUACCCUGUCAAGUACAAGGCCAUUGUGUUUCGGCCCUUUAAAGGGGAGGUUGUGGAUGCAGUGGUCACUCAGGUUAACAAGGUUGGACUGUUUACAGAAAUUGGCCCAAUGUCCUGCUUUAUUUCACGCCAUUCUAUACCCUCUGAAAUGGAAUUUGACCCGAACUCUAAUCCUCCCUGCUACAAGACUGUGGAUGAGGACAUUGUAAUCCAACAAGAUGAUGAAAUUCGAUUGAAGAUUGUUGGUACUCGAGUAGACAAGAAUGAUAUUUUUGCCAUUGGAUCCCUUAUGGAUGAUUACCUUGGUCUUGUUAGUUGAUGUGUUUGUCAAAAUGCAGUCAUCUUGCAGUUUCUUUGUACAUAUUUUUUUUCUGCACUCUCUUUUAAGCAGUGUAGAUCAAGUAUUGAUUUUUUUUAAUUACUGUUUUCAUGUUGAACAAUAUUUUUAAGUUGUAUCCUCAAAAAAUCAGUCAUCAGUCCAGUGUAAGUAAAGGAGAAUGCAUUUAAGAUCAAUACAGACACUAUACAUCAUUGUUGGGUUUGCCUUAGCCUGAAGAAAUUGAUGGUGUGUAUAACUGAUCAGUAAAAGCUGCUGUCUGUAAUCACUUCUGGCCUACUUAUAAGCUUUAUGUUAUGGCAUAUGUGUUCAUUGUACUCCUGUGCUGUACCAACUACACUGGCAUGUUCUUCGUAAACCACAGUAUUUUGUGACUGUAGGCGUUCUGUAUGCUAAAAUACAUGAUUGAGUGUAUAUACUUUUAUAAACAAAUCUUGUGAACAUAA